UGCGUCACCUUUGUUUGCACAGAAAAGUGGGUCAAGAAUGAGGAGAUCUUUUCUGCCAGGUUAUGUGACAAAGGUGUGGCCAUAAAGACCAAUAUCCUAUUGACUGAAGCUAACGUUCUCCCCCUCUCUGUCUUUUUAGGUGGUUGUUUUUUGUUUUUUUUUUUUUUUUUUUCUCUUCCUCUGCGUUACUAGCAUGAAUGAAAAUGAUUAAAGUCGUGAGAAUUAGUGAAGUAGGCACCUUAUUUUGCUGGGAUUUCUUCCAGAGGGAGGAACUGAUUUCUCUCCAAUGGCCAUGUUUAACGAUGUUACGAAUGUGUGUCAAACAACAAGUUCAUGGCCCUCAAAGCAUCAGCGACUGGCACUGUGUGCAUGCAAACACCAGACCAUGCUCAUUGCUGGCAAGGCCUCAUUGUUUGCUUUCUUCUUCUUCUGAGGAAAACCACAGGUUUCAACAGGCACUUUAAUGUAAAAACCUUCAAACUUUACCGAAAACCAUUACCCAUUUAAUGCAAAUCAAUUGCAACUAUGUCAUAAGGCUGAAGCCAUGGGAAAAAAACAGCUUUUGCGAAGUGUUUGAAUGAAGCAUGCAGCUUGAGACAUUGCAGUGGCUUUCCAGGAGAUACCAAAUCAGUUACUGGGGAACGUAAGAAAGAAAAUCAUGCUGUUGUUUCUUUCAAGGAGGUACUAGAUUUACGUAUAUUUGUGAUGUAUCGUCUUGCUCUGAGGCAUCAUAAAUGUUACAGAACACAUUUUGUCUGAUGAAGAAGUGGCUACAGCUGUCUGUCAGAAGAGUUAAUUUUUAAAAUUCUUCUCACUUCAAAACAAAUUUUGGCUAACUACUUUGUAGCAUGACACAGCUGGAAACUUACCUUCACAUGGAAACCAUUGCUAUCUUUGACAAGUAUGCGAAGACAGCAGACAACACACAAACCCUCACCAAAGGAGAACUAAAGACCCUCCUGGAAAAAGAACUCCCAAACUUUUUGCAGACGGGGAAGAACAAGGAUGCUAAUGAUGAAGUCUUCAGGAAUCUGGAUGAAAAUGGUGAUUCCCAAGUGGACUUCAAAGAAUUUGUCAUCUUUGUGGCAGCUCUGACUUGCUGCUGUCAUAAAUAUUUUGAGCAGAAAGCAGCCAAAUAGUUGUCGAAAUGCUCACAAGACACUGUCUUUGCCUGUGCUCCAUAUGUUAAUGCUAUGGAUCCUGUCAUCCCUUCCAUGUACUGUGCUGCAGUUUACAAGCAU